AACAGUUUAUGAUCUCGUACUUCUGCGAAGCGGUGUAAAUGAAGUCUGUAGCGCUGAGCAGUGGCGUGUGCUCUGCAUAGUAUUCAAUGUGAGGAUCUGAAGAAUGGAUAAUCUUCUUCAACAGUUGCCACAUAUAGAAGAGGGAGAUAUUCUUAAUUUGACUCUGACAGCGACUAGUGCAGAAACUUGCCUGCGGGGCCGAUACAAGGGCACAGGGCGGCUCGUAGCGGUGAAACUAUUGCGAAGUCAUUCGUCUCAAAGUGGCGAGAGGGUGAGGAACACCUUGGAGCCACAACAGAUGAAGACUGAGAGACUGCUGGUUCCGCUUGGUGUGUAUCGGACUCGUUUUUUCUCUGGUCUGGUGUCGGAAUGGAUGACAGCUGGUUCGCUGCAUUCACUCCUAUAUGAGACAAAGCUGUACCCUGAAUUCCCCGUCUGCCUUCGCCUGCGCCUGCUCUGUGACAUUGCAGAGGGCCUGUCUCACCUGCACUCGAUCCCUCUCCCUCACCUGGCCCUCAGAGCCACGCACGUUAUCCUGGACCAGCAAUACCGUGCCAAGUUAUGCGGUUGGGGGUUGCCAGAGUCCUCCCCCUCUGAAAGAGUCGGGCCUCGCUACAGAAACCUGGCCUACCUCUCACCAGAAGCAUUGUAUGAGAGUGGGAGCUCAGUGAAGACAGACAUGUAUAGUUUUGGCGUCCUUCUUUGGGAAACAUUGAACAGACAACAUGCUUCUGAAGAUUUUGUACAGCAGCAGUUGAUAUUGCGUGGUACGGAGCAAAGCUUGGAGCAGGGAGCAGAAAGCAGUUUGUUGCCGUCUGAUACACCCCAUCUCCGUGCCCUCACUGAGCUUGUUUUGAGUUGUUGGAACAGUGACCCCGAGAGACGUCCAUCUGCGGAAGACUGUCUUGCGGUCCUGAGAACGGCCUUGUUGUCCUUUGACCCUGCGGCCCCAGUCAAAGCUGCUCUCCGCUUGAAGGAGAUUAAGGAGAGGGCAAUGCUGAGCUGUCAAAACUCACCAACCUGGGAAAUUCCCAUUGAGCUGAACAAUCUUGAGAACUCUGCUGACUACAAGUUCAUGCAUUCCAAAACGCUGCCCAUGGAUAUCCUACGGCCUCCCGCUCAGACUCCUGCAUCGUCUGGCAGUAGCCCCAGCAAAGGGUCCCCUCUUCCCUCACCACCCAGGAGUGGCCAACACAGACGAGGCUGCUUCGGCAAGUGCUCAGGUGGGAGGAACCAGACCUCACCAUGCUCAGAAUCUCCCAAGCCCAGAGUCCAGUUGACUGGCCGAGCUUUGACAGCAUCUCCCCGUCUACAUAGCCCCUCUCCCCCUCUCCUCAACCCCUCUCCACCCAGCUCCAGCUCCAGCUCCAGCUCCAGCCCCAGCUCCUCUCCCAUGGCUCCCUUCCAUGCCCAGGCCAGAUCUAAGAACCCGGGCCUGCCGAGCUCGUCUCCCCCGCGCCGCGUGAGCUGCUGUGGCCUGCUGCUGGAGCGCCGUGAGCUCAUAGUCCGGUGGAUGACGGAGGGGCGCCUCAACCACCUGCUGGACGUGCUCCGCUCUCGCCAGGCCCUGAGCUACGAGGCCUACGAGAUCAUCACCGCCGCGGUCACCCUGGCGGCCCGCACGCGCUGCAUGCUCGACACCUGCUGCUGCCUCGGGGAGAGGGUCGCCGCCCUGGUGGCCGUCACGCUCGGCCUGGUUUCUGCCUCCUCCACCGCCACUGCUGCCAGAGGCAGAGCUCAACUGGCUCACUGAGUCAGAGACACUUUGGGAGUGCUGAUGACACAAAUAGAUGCGGAAAAAUGAAGAUGACAAACAAUGGAAAAGAUAAAUUUUUCGCCCUUCCUGCUUUUGACUGUGUUACACUAGGAAGCCAUAAGGAAAGAGGGAUCUUGAAAUGUGUGCCUUAUUUCACUUAUUUUGAAGGGUCACUGUACUCUUAAUAGCUGUAUGUAUUUACACAUGAGUUUCUUGCUUGGUUCUCAUAAUCAAAACUUCCCAGUAUGUAUAAACACCAGAGUGUUUUAAGUACAAACACUGAAUGGACAGAAAGAGGACUUUGAGGGCUGGAGGAGCUAAACUAGUUGACACACCACGCCUAGCUUUAUCAGAACAGAACAGAAACACAGGCACUCAAACACGACUGAUAGUGUGCCAAUGAAACUGACAACAUGUGAACCUGAUGACAUUUGUUUUCAUGUUCCAUGCCACCUAUAUACACCUUAAAACCAACGUAGAGACAUUGUGGAAGUAUUUAAUCAGUAAGGUGUGAAAGCUAUUAGCCUCAUGAAGAUGAAGGGCACUUUCAGAACAGACGAAACCAAAGACUGUUGAAGCAUGUAGGUCUGUCUGUCAGAUGGUCUUCUGUGAGUGAUGUGUAACUUGCUAUCACCUGAUUAGCUUUAUCAGGUGAUGUGGAUGCCCCACAUAGAGACAAAAUGUAUUUAAUGGCUCCUGUAGGUUUGGUGAAAGACUUAUCUAUCUGUAGUUUUUAUAAAACAAUUAGAUUAGCUCGGGAUGCUUUCCAGUUUCCUGUUUCUGUUUUUAUGUUAUUGUUUUUCAUGAUUUUUAAAAGGGUGAAAUAAUAUUAGUGAUCUAAACUUAAAAUCUAAACUUUGUUUUUCUGUGUUGAGAGAACAACUCAAUAUAUUAGAUAUUUUGGGGGGGGGGGGGGAAUGUUCAUUGAAGAAAUGUACAUGCACCUUACAGAAUUAGAUAUCCAAAUUGACGUUUAUGUUGUGUUCACUGCUGCCAUUAAGCAGCAUUUUAACAGUGAUUUAUCUGUUUUAUGUGGUCCUUUAUGUAUGGUUUCCCCACAUGCCUGUGGUGAGUGGGACUAUGUGCUGAUGUAGUGCUGUAUCUUGUAACAAGAGACUGGGUCAAAUAUAUUUUAUCCCAUUUC